ACUGGAUGGAGAGAGGAAUCCCACUGAUGUUAUGCAUAACAGGACCUCUAUAUAACUUCCGAGGGGGCAUCAAAGCAGGGGCGUUGCGCGCGGCCCGAGUGGCUUACCGGGUCCUCUCCCGUCGCAAGGCCGCGGAAGAAGGCGCGGCUCGUUUGGCGCGCGUGCUGUCGGCCCUCGACCUGACCGCGCUGGGAGUCGGCAGCACCCUCGGUGUCGGUGUCUAUGUGUUGGCCGGCGACGUCGCCAAGAACUAUGCUGGACCGGCAGUCGUACUUUCUUUUUUAUUGGCUGCCGUUGCUAGUGUAUUCGCUGGUCUUUGCUACGCGGAGUUUGGCGCACGAGUGCCCAAGGCAGGCUCCGCCUAUGUUUACAGCUACGUGUGCGUUGGGGAAUUUAUAGCUUUUAUCAUCGGCUGGAAUCUGAUUUUGGAGUAUAUAAUAGGAGCAGCAUCAGUAGUGAAGGCUCUUAGUGAAUACCUAGACUCACUGUGCGGCAAGGCGAUGUCUUCAUUCUUCCGCGACACCAUGCCCAUAGAUACGCCAUAUCUUGCUAAGUAUCCCGACAUCUUCGCCUUCAGCGUUAUUGUUUUAUUCUCGCUGGCACUGGCGAUGGGAGUGAAAGAGUCCACGAGGUUCAAUAACUUUUGUACAGGCGUGAAUUUGUGUGUCGUCGCCUUCGUUAUCAUAUCGGGAUCUUUCAAAGCUGACGCGAAAAACUGGCGUAUACCGGCGGAAGACGUGCCUCACACGGAUAAGAAGAACUUCGGGUCCGGUGGUUUCGCACCGUACGGCUUCGCGGGGAUCAUCAAGGGCGCUGCCGUUUGCUUCUACGGGUUUAUUGGUUUCGACUGCGUGGCCACUGCGGGCGAGGAGGCCCGCCGCCCGCAGAAGACCAUCCCCUUCGCCGUGGUGGCCUCUCUGCUGGUGGUCUUCCUGGCCUACUGCGGGGUCUCUUCGGUGCUCACGCUUAUUCUGCCCUAUUACCUGCAGGACGAGAAGGCGCCGUUCCCGCACGUGUACGACCGCCUGGGCUGGGAGUGGGCCAAGUACGCCGUCAGCGUCGGCGCCAUCUGCGCGCUCUGCUCCAGUCUGUUGGGUGCUGUGUUUCCUCUGCCGCGUAUAAUCUACGCGAUGGCGUCAGACGGGCUCCUAUACAAGUUCUUGGGCCGAGUCAGCGAGAGGUUUCAGACUCCCUUGAUCGGUACCAUGCUCGCCGGCGUCUUCACCGGUACCUUGGCCAUGUUGUUCGAGCUGGAGCAACUGAUCCAUAUGAUGUCCAUCGGGACCCUGCUGGCGUACUCCAUGGUGGCUUCGUGCGUUCUGUUGCUGAGGUACGAGCAGAGCGCGUCCACGCACCGGCCGGCGGCGGCCGCGCGGCUGCAGUGCAGCGCGCGUCUCUUCCUGCGCCAGCUGGUGAACGCCGACGGCUUGGACGCGCCGUCGCCGCUCAGCUCGCUCGUCGUCUCCGUGCUGGUCUCCCUGUACGGUGUGUGGUGCAUCAUAAUGAUGUCCAGCAUCAACCAGUACAGCGAUGAAAUUCUGGCUGGCCACGCAGGCCCCAUCGCCAUGUUUGCCAUUGGCUCGUUGCUAGUCGUCGCCACCCUCUGCGCCAUAGCACGCCAGCCAGUGUCAGAGAAGAAACUGGCUUUUUCGGUGCCUCUAGUGCCGUGGCUGCCAGGCAUCAGUAUCCUCAUAAACGUGUACCUCAUGUUGAAUCUCGACUACGUCACCUGGAUCCGUUUCGCAGUCUGGAUAGCCGCCGGGCUGCUGAUCUACUUCUCGUACGGCGCGUGGCACAGCGCCGAGCGGCGGCGCACGCUGGAGGCCGUGCACAUGGCCGACCUGCACUGCGACAGCCAGACGGUGCUGCUGCGUCAGAACCACCAGCACCUGCAGCACCCCCUGCACCCCCUGCACCACUCGCUCGGCUGACGCCCGCCCUCCCCGCACGGAGGCGUCAACCCCUCGGCGGCCGCCGUCGACCCUCCAACUCUCGGUGGGACUUCAACGAAGGUAGUUUCAAAAGCAGUCGGUUACCCCUUUAAAAGUGGAGUUUACUCUUCAACGACCAAUGAUACGGACCAAAGUUAUGAUGUUUCUAAUAGAGCACUGAACGGUGGAGGGUCGCAGGCCGCUCCUAGAGAGGACUUCAGCCCGACCGGAACGAUCGUUUCGUUUAUUUCAAGCAUUUAAAAUGUACUUAAUUUAGUAUCUUUUCCAAAUAGUAAUGUUCGCUUUGAUGUUUUUUACUCGAAUAGUUAAAGCUUCUUCGCCUUAAGUUCGACUCUUCGCGGUUUUCAGGAAGUCCCCCCUCUCCCCAUUUGCGAAUAACGGAAUCGGGGCUUCAAAAUGGCCGAACUUUUAACGCAGUUUGUGCGCAUCAAGUAUAUAACCAAAAAUAGAGACGAAACAAGGGCCAUCCAUCCCUGGCAACUCAUCAAGCAAAUGGGCCUUAUGUCACUUUUAUAUCUACUCUCGUUUGCAUUGGAAUAACAAAU